UACAUUGCUUUGUGUCAAGCAAGGCAAAUAAGGCUUUCCAUUAGAUAACUGUCAAAAAGUAUGUCUCACACAGGAAAAUAACUCAUAUGCUGAUGUAAUGCACCAUUAGCCAAUCCAGUGCUCUCCUCCAUCCCACAACACUACAUGUCAUAUACUUACACAUUACAACUAGAGUAUAAAGCUUUGUGGUCUGAAUUCUCCUAACAAAGAACUAGAAGUGUUCUUAAGGCUCUGUGAGAAAGACCUCAGGAGAUUCAGUCUUAAAAGUGAAUUUGCUGAAGAGGAAGAAAGGAAGCAGAAAGACAACAAAACAAAACUGUGCAUGAAGUAGUGUUGGGAGAAGAAAAGCAGUGCCUUUUACAAGAGAAUCACAACAAUUUUUGCUGCCAGGAUGCCUUUGGUUCUGAAGAGAGGAUUUUUCUUGGUGCUUUGCUGGAUUAUAGUGAGGAGUUCUCCUACCCCGGGAUCUGAGGGGCACAGCUCUGUCACCGACUGCCCAUCCUGUGCCCUCUCCACGCUCUCCAAGGAUGUGCCCAGCUCCCAGCCUGAGAUGGUAGAAGCGGUAAAGAAGCACAUCCUGAACAUGCUGCACUUGCGGGACAGACCGAACAUCACUCAGCCAGUACCCAAAGCUGCACUUUUAAAUGCUAUCAAGAAACUCCAUGUGGGGAAAGUAAGAGAGGAUGGCAAUGUGGAAAUUGAGGAUGACAUUGGAAGAAGAACGGAAAUGAAUGAACUUGUGGAGCAAACUUCGGAGAUCAUAACAUUUGCAGAAUCAGGUCCUGCCAGGAAAAUGCUGCAUUUUGAAAUUUCCAAGGAGGGCAGUGAGUUAUCAGUGGUGGCUCAAGCUGACGUGUGGCUCUUCCUUAAAGUCUCUAAAGCUAAUCGGACAAGGACAAAAGUGACCAUCCGGCUGUAUCAGCAGCAGAAACUUCCCAAGCGCAACUCCCAAGUGGUGGAAGAGGAUGUCAGUCUGAAAGGAGAAAAAGGUGACAUUCUUAUCUCCGAAAAAGCAGUAGACACCCGCAAGAGCACCUGGCACAUUUUCCCAGUCUCCAGCAGCGUUCAGCGCCUCCUUGAUCAGGGAAAAAAUUCUCUGGAUGUACGGAUUGCUUGUGAUCAGUGUCAAGAAACAGGAGCCAGUCUGGUGCUGCUGGGAAAGAGGAAAAAAAAGGAGGAAGACGUCGAAGGGAAAGAAAAGGAUGGCAGUGAAAGCCCAGGGGAAGAGGAGAAGGAACAAUCCCACAGGCCAUUCCUGAUGAUGCUUGCCAGGCAUUCAGAAGAUCGCCAACACAAACGGCGGAGGAGAGGCCUUGAGUGUGAUGGCAAAGUCAACAUCUGCUGUAAGAAGCAGUUUUUUGUGAGCUUCAAAGACAUUGGCUGGAAUGACUGGAUCAUUGCCCCAGCAGGCUACCAUGCUAACUACUGUGAAGGAGACUGCCCCAGCCACAUUGCGGGUACAUCUGGCUCAACCCUCUCUUUCCACUCCACUGUUAUCAACCACUACCGCAUGAGAGGGCACAGCCCUUUCUCAAACCUCAAGUCAUGUUGUGUCCCAACCAAGCUGAGACCCAUGUCCAUGCUCUAUUAUGAUGAUGGGCAAAACAUAAUUAAAAAGGACAUCCAGAACAUGAUUGUGGAGGAAUGUGGCUGUUCAUAGGUAUGUCUACAAGCUGCAAACUCGCAUUCAUUUGGGGACUUCUUUUUUUUACAAAUUUCAAGAAGACAAAGACCAAGUACGCUCAGCAUUUCAAAAUAAAACAAUCCGGUUUCUAAAAUCAACGCACUCAGUAUUCACAGGAGAGACAAACAACAGAAAGAUGAGUGGCAUUCGCCAGGGACUGAAGGAGAAACAUUCAAAAGGUGUGGGCACGAGCAUUUUCUGUCUUAUAUGCCCCAUGCUUUAUUACUUAGCAUUUUCACUUGUGUCGGUCAUAAGAGGAAGUAUGUUUUCCUCUGCUACCAUAACUAUGCAUUCAAGUCCUGACAGCAGCACAGAUAAAAUGCUAAAAGUCUGCAAUUUGGAUGCUAAGUCCAAAAUGGUAUUAGUUCCCAGAAAAGCCAUGUGUAUGAACAACACUGCAUUCACUGGCACUUUUACUUCUGUCAGUUUACCAAGGACACCUUGUGUGUGCCCAUGUGUAUGUGUGUGUAUGUGUGAACGUUUCUUAUGGCAUAUGCACACAGAGAGCACACUUGUGAGUGUGUGUGUAUAUAUUUAUAUAUAUAUAUAUAGGUAAAAGGGACAAUAAUGCGCAGGUGUACUAUUCACCUUUAUCUUCUGCACUAUUUUUGCAAAAAAAGUUUUUAAAAUUAUAAAGAAAGAAAGAAAAUACAAAGUUACAUUUCGUAAAGGUGCUUAUGACAUUAGAACUAUGCAACCAAGUUGGUUUGAAACUGUUUACCUGAGAGAGAAAUGAGAAAAAAAAAUACCCAGACUUUUUUUAAAAAAUGGAAGUAACAUGUUUAACUUUUUCUUCAAUAAGAGAUACUUGAACGGAACAUGUUUGUCCAGCUACUGGAGCCAAACAUUUCUAUAUUUUUUAAAAAAAGAUAAAAAAGAGAUUUUUUUUUAAAAAAAAUGCUUACUAUUUGCACUACAAAACUUAUGUUCAACCUGUCUAAUCCUUAUUUAACAAUUAUUUGGGGGUGGGGGAGGGAAUGUGGUUGGGGUGGAAGGGAGUCAAGAGCUGCACUUAUUGUGAGCUAUACAAAAACUGCUACAGCACACAAAAAUAGUUAUUUUUAUUAUUAUAAUAAUUAUUAUUUUAUACCUUUAAAAGAUAGAUGUGUACACCAAAGACACUUGUGUGAGCCUCUAAACAGUCUGUUUUUAGCUCAUGUUAUUCAUAGGUUAGCAUCUGGUUUAAUGGUCAUCAGCAAGGCUGGCUGCAUUUAAACUGAUGUAAAGGGUUACUAGAGGAAUCUGUUUGGAGUCCUGAGAUUUGGUUCUGUGUUUCAAACAUCCCUAAUCUGUCGGGGUGCUUUGAAUCAAAGUUCUGUUUCAGGCCAAGAAUAGUUCAAUUAUGAAUCCUUUGUAUGUACAGCAGCUGUACACUCAUGGAAAGCAACUUCCUGUAAGGGGGGAAAUCUAUAUUUGUAUAUGUAUGUAUAUAUACAGUUUAAGCACUUCAGGCUACACUUUUAAUGUUCUUAAAAACAAUGAAUGUUUAUGUGCCAAGCACAGUAUAUUAAAUGUUUUCCUUUUUUUCAGUGGAGGAAAUGGAUUUAAAGUUAUACCACUCUCCAUAAAAGAAAUGCACUCUCCUACAUAAACAUGACUUCAGUCUAGCUUUCACCAGUCCUGAAUCUUAGCCAAAUCCAACUUUACCUUAGUGGUAUCUAGUAAUUUGGGCAUUUUGGAUAUAUGCAAGGUGUCAAUUAUUCCCCAUAUCUAAUUGGAGUAGACACACAAAAAUAACUCUUUAAAGGUUAGUCCAGUGUUUAUCCAAAUCUCAUUUAUUCAUGAUGUCUAUUCAAAUUGCGAUUAUAAAUUGAAUUUAUGCCAGCGUGGGCUAAAUCCUAAAUGUUCUUGGACAACAAUGAUUGUGUCUAUUUAUCUGAAGCUACACAAGCUGGCAGUAAGAGCAAGAGAUUUUGCACAUUACCUUGCUAAUGUGCAUAGUGUUUAGAUGACGCUAGGGAGAAUGCACAAUGCACAAUCUGAAUCAAAUAAUGUGCAUAUUGAUCUGUUAAUUUAUGUAACCCACUAGGUUACUAUGAUAUCACCCAAGCAGUAAAUAAGAUUUAUCAAGCAACUGAAAAUGUUGAGUUAGGUCUGUGAUCAAUCCAAAUGGACAGGGCAAUGAGUGAAAUCUCCAUCUCGCCAAAGUGUGCAUUUUCAAUCUGAAUUGAUUAGUUACUGAUCUUCACUUAUAUAGACUAACCAGACAACUUUUAUUAACCCCAGUACAUAUGAUUUUCAACUGUCAUUAUGUAAAAGAAUUAUGAAAUCAAAAGCAUUGGUUUAUGCUGAACGUUCAUGACAGAAUGAGAAAUCUUUUGAUCACAUUUUGUGUUGAACCCUGAUUCGAUUUAUGUUGGGAGCAAUAUGGAAACAAAUAGAUUAUUCUUAUAGUACACUCAGAUCCCACCUGUAAUGACAGAGAUAACAUGCUAGCAUGUUGUAGGCCAGGAGGAUAGGAAACACUCUAGACAUUUUUUGUCUGCUAAUUUGAUCCAAAGCAGAUAAUCAGUAUGCAGGUAUCUCUUGCCAUACAUAAAUUGGUUAUGAUGUUGGCUUGAAAGUCUGCUGCCACGUAAUAAGGAAAAGUGUAGGCUAGAUCUCUAUGUUUAUCAUGUAAACAUAACAUAUUUUCAUAAAUACAUAAAAUAUGAAAAAUAGCCACUCCUAAGAUAACCAAACACCUAUGAGAUAAGGUUUCCUGUAUAUCCUGUACACUGUCACCAUACGAAGGUCAUGGAUAUGGCAAUAAAUGCACAGAUUUGUGAUGCAUUUGUACUUUGCUCAUUUGGGUGGCAAGUUUAUGAGUAAGCAAGCACAUGUGUAUGUUUCUAUGUAUAAAGCAAGAGGCAGGAUAAAGGCAAAAAGAAAACAAAUCCACUGUUCAGUAAAUAUCAAGCACUUAUAACAAAAUCUAAUUUAUUGCAUAUAUUUAUCCUUCAUAAUAUAGCUAGUGGGUUACAUGUAUGUAGAGUUCCUUCUUUUAAAAGUACCCCCCUUUACUGUUUAGGGGGUAGGCAGGGCAAGAUAAUUGUGGUAAACUGGAUGACAUUAAAUAGUAUUUCAUAACAUAUCUAGGUUUUCAGAUUUAAAUUAUCCAUAGAACAAAGCAAACGAACAAAUAAAAAGGAGACAGAGGUCUUAGUGGCAAGUCUGCAAAAAAUCCUGAACCUUCAGGAGUGAGUGUUCAUGCUUUGUUGCUAUGAGGGCAUUUAUCUGCAAUUUGGGAAGGCAAAGGAAUCUUGAAAAGGGAAUGAUUGAACUAUUGGAAUUGUAAAAAUUCUGACCUAGUAGUAUAGAGCAUCCAUAUUUUUUGAAAUUCAAGCAUUCCUAAGAGAUUAUUUGAUUAUGUUCAGGAUUUACACUGAAGAGUAAAAUUCAGUCCAAAUUUUCCACAUCAUAAAGAUUCAGAGAUAGAAGUGGCACAUUUUCUGAAAUGCUCUUUUCUCUGAAGUUCAAUCACAGACAAUCCUUCUCAGAGAUUAGAAUAGGCAUGCAUAUAAUUUCCACAAUAAUUUAUUAAUGUUAAACAGUUCCACAACUUCAGCUUACUCUCAGGUAUCUGGAUAUAGGAUCACGGCAUAUAUAUGAAUGAAGGGCUCUCACAUGAAGGAAUAUUCAAAUUAGAAGUUGUCCAGAGCAGAAAAGCAGAGAUGUGGGCCAGUGUAGUGCAAAUUAAAGUAGCCAACGUAUAGAGUUUGUGUGUAAGAAACCCAUGUUUAAAUUCAUACCCAACUUGCUUAGGCAAAUUACUUUCUUUCGGCCAAACCUACCUCAUAAGGUGGUUGUGAGAUUAAAUGAAAAGAACUAUAAAAUUUGUUCUAGAAAUAAUUAUCAGUAACAUUUGCAUGGCUAAAUUCCGCACUAACUGACUACUCCCUCACUAGUUAAUCACAUGCUUAUUUCAGUUUUAUUGUUACAGACAACAGUAUUGACAAUUUCAUGCUAGCAGAAAAUGUAGUUUUAUUAGUUUUGUUUCAGAAAUAUUUGAAAAAGAUCAAGUUCUGCUACAGUUGAACGCGACAGCUUAAUCCAUUUUCUUGAAAUAUCAGCCUGAGUUAAGAACCAGAGAUACAAGUGUCUGCCAUUUCAAUCUCCCCUAUUUGUCUAAAUUCUUCAGGUGGUUGAAAAAAAAAUACAGUUGUAAUGGGUGAUUUUAUGAUAAACACAUUGGAAAAAGUUAUAUAAAUUUAAAAGCAACUGUCUCUUAUCCCUUUCCAGGAGCAUUCAUUUCCUUUUUAAAAAAAAAUUUCUUAAGUCAGGCAUAGGCUUUUGAUUUGUAGUCAUUCAAAGGAGAGGAGGUUGGGAAAGUAUAUGAAUGAAUAAAAUAUGAAAUUUGGUACAUUAGUCAAGAAUGACUGUACUUUCAGAAGAACAACAAAAAUUUAAAAAUCUAAUUAAAUGGGUAUGUUCUCAAAAUAGAGUUUGAAAUUGCUCCCAUAUUUGACAAGUUCUGUAAGCCAAAAAGCCUUGGCAACUCAAGCCCUUUUAGGUAGCAAUUAAAAACAGAAUAAGAAUAGUGUCAGGUUUUUUUUGUUAUUGUUGUUUUUUAAAGUCAUUCUUUUGUUCAGCAUCUGCCACUUGCGUUGUUCCAGCCAUUCAAAAUGCCAUGUCCUCCGUUACCGAGAAACGGAUUAUCCGAAACUAAAACUGCUUAAAAACUGGAUGGUGUGAAAAGUGCAAUGAUACCUAAUGGAUUAGGAUAAAUUGAUGUGAGGUUUACAAAGACAUGGUUAAGACCUAAUGCUGUCCAGUCAUCUAAAACAUGUUCUUUCUCUUUGGUUUGGACCAACUAUGAUUUGUGAAGGAAAAAAAAAGGCUGAUGUAUACAUAAUUCUAAAUAUUGUUAACUCUGAUAUGGAAAAGGAAUGGGGAAUCUGAGAUGUUCCUAAUCUCCUAACCAUGGUUAAAAAAAGCAGACAGCAUUAAGCAUAUGCCAUAUAAAACAAGAAAAACCUGCAGGUGCUUAUAUAGAGCCCUCUCUAAAUUUUAAUGACCCUAGAUCUUCAGAUAGUCCAGUUUCAGACAUUUCAAAAGGAGAAGGUGCCAACUCUUGAUUUCCAUAAGAACAGCCCAAUAGUAAUUCUGUUGUUGCGAUUACAUAAGUGAUUUGUCAGCACCAAAACACAUUAGCAAUUGAAGCUUAAACACUUUAAAAAUAUUUUUAAAAGUUCAGUAAAAUCCCAGCCACCAAGUUCAUGCAACCAUGCCAUUUCAAAAGUAAAAGAGGUUUGGUAGCUUCAUGUAUUUGCCAAUGAGGUUUGCAAAUACCUAUGUGCAAAAUGGACAAUUUAAAAACCUGAAUUUCCCAUGACUUUCGUACUGAUACCACUGAAAUCAAUUUAACUAAAUGGAAUUUUACAGCAAAUCUCUAAUGUAACUCAUAAGACAGAUUCUGACGACUCUGUACUUAUACUGAACCUAAUACAUUUAUGUACUAUUCAGUAUAAGAAGUGUCCAGACCAGAUACCUUAUGAACAUCAUUUUAUGCUUAAGGCAAUCUACAUUUAUAGCAUAUUUUGUUAUUUAUUUUUAUUCAGUAUUUCUUUGUUAAUUUACAACAGUUUAGUUUUGUAUUUAAACUCACUGAAAGCAGAACUUUGACAAUGGACUGAAGUACACAUAUAUGUGUGUGUGUAUAGAUGUGUGUGCUUGUGUGUAUAUGUGUAAUACAUAUAUAUCACACACACACAUAUAUAUACCUGCCCCAAUCCAGCAAGAGUUGUCUCUGUAUGGGAAUUAGUUUCCAUCAGAGGUUUACCACAUUAGAUAUUGUAAGAGAGACACACACAUUAGAUUCAGUAACCAGAGAGAUGCAUCUUUGGUGAUACUUUUUAGCUCUCAAAGGGCUGGGGAAAGUGAAAGAAGAUCUUGUAGCACAAAAACAAGGACCUCAUCACAUUAAUUGUCCUAAUGUGGGAGACAGCGGGUGGAUUUAUGGGGCAUCCAUGGGCCAACAAGGCAAUCCAUCACCUGCAGUGGUGCCUUCCCCAUCAUAUGUCCUGCUCCCCUCCCCGUGCUUGCUCCGUUGCUGGCAACAAGAACACAGAAAGCCUCCUGUCUUCAUAUUACUCCAUCCUAGGAUGCUUUCAGCACAGAUUGGGGUUGGAGCCUGGCUGGAAGUAUAUGUCAUAGUUUGAUGGGAUCCGGUGGGCUUUGUCCCCAAACUGUGUGGAAGCAUCCUAGGACGGGUAAUUUUGCCCAUAUGAUGAAGUCCCACGAUAGAUCUUAGUGCAGAAUUCUGCACACGAGAAGCUCUGGAUUGCGGAUAUAUGUAUAUGCGUAUGUAUUUGUGUAUAUAUCUAUAUGUAUAUACACAACUCAACGCAACACAGCUGCCAAGAUAUAUUGAUAUUUUGUUGGGCUUUUUUAAAAAAAAGUUUUAUUGUUAUUGGUUACUUUUAUUUUGCAUACUACAUGCAGUGCUUUAACCAAUGUUCAUUCGGCUAAUGUAAUUAAAGUUGUUAAUUUAUAUGAAUACAUUUCAAAUAUGUCAUUGUUUUCUUAAUAUUUAUUGUGUAGAAGGACUGGUAAUUUUUUAUUAUUUACAGUAUGUUUUAAGAAGUAACAAUUUGAUAUGUUCUCCUUUUUGUUUGUUAGAAGUUAUUUAUUUUCAUAGCAUUCCGUCUGAUAUUUUAUACCUGGAAGGCAUGCAAUCUAUACUUUGUACAGUUAGCAAGACAUUUUCAUCAACUCCCAGUAGUUUCUCAAAUAAAAGAUAUGUUUGGCACAA